AUGCGCCAUGCGCAUGAAACUCAGAGCCAGAAGAAAGAGUUGACGUGUGGGGGGCCAUGCACUUGGAAUCCGCAACCGGAUUUUGGGGGAGGCGCUGAUCAACGGCUGGAGAAUAUCCUGAGGAGACAACAUAAAGAAGCACUAAAGAAGAGACCCUUCAGUUUUAAUUAUGAUGGUUGUUUAUUGAACGAUAAAUGAAGCAGAAAACUUGCUCAAACCUCGAGAUACAAAGAUCGCUCAAAGGAAAGAAAGCCUAAAUAUAUUCAAAACUUUGAUCAAGAAAGCGAGAACAAACGGCAGCGAGAACAUGAGGUCAUAUAUGAGAGAAAAAACUUGCUAAGGAAGAAAGCAAGGAUGAUCCACCUCUAUGCAGACAAGGACAAAUUUGUCACUAGUGCUUACAAGAAAAAACCUGCGGAGCAGGCACAAUGGAUGAGGAGGAACGCGCGUCAACUUCAGGAGGAGAAAGGAGGUGAUGUUACCAAGAAAAGUGAUUUGAGUGACUUCUACUUCAAUCUUGGAAAAAAUGUUGCAUUUGGUGCAAACGACAGAGAGUCAAGGCAGCAAGAGAGACAAACUGAGAUUAAGAAGCCAGAGAAGUUGGAUGAUAAAUUGGAUGCUAGUACAUCAGACAGAGGCCAUUUAUUGGCAGACUCGAAAUCAGUUUUUGAGUCAUCAUCCAGGGUAAAAGAGGGGCAUGGGGAUGAAACUUCUUCCUCCCCUUCUCAUAAGAGGAACAGCGAGUCGUUGGUUCUCAUGCCAGUUUCUGAUAAGCCAGCGUCUAACUCUUCACAAGAAAAAACUUCAAGUGAACAACCAAUAGCUAACCAACCAAUGAAUGACCAUCAUAAACGAAAUGAAGAUGCCCUGGCUGCAGCAAAGGAACGUUUUUUGGCACGGAAAAAGGCAAAGCAGCAGCUAUAAAUGAUCUUCUCUCUCUAUUUUACUUAUCUCCAUGUUUGAUUUUUUUUUUUUUUAAUAUUUUUUAUCUUGAAGGGUAUAGGUGGAAGUGAAUUGUGAUGGUUAAUAGAGAUUCUGCACAUCAAUGUUUUAUAUUUUUGUCAAUUGAACGUAAUUGAUAUUUUGAUUUUUAACUUGAAAGAAAUAUAUGAUCAUCAAAGAGAAUCUUGUAAGUUA